AUGUCAAAGGUAUUGAGCAGAUGGGAUGCUAAGACAGAUGGGAGAGACUUCUUCCAACUCCCAAAGGCUAGUACUCUGGUUCGACGGCGUAAUUGUUUGAAAAACUCGAUACAGCACUGGCUUGUCUUGUUCACUCUUCUUCGUUACCAAAUCAGCAUGGUACACUUGUCUUCUUCUAUGCGAGGAUUUGCCGUAAACCAACUUCCGUUCCAGAAUAUGGAUUAG